ACUUCAUUUUGAAGGAGUUUUAAUUGAUUUUGGAUUUCAGGUCCAAGUCGAAAUGGGUGUUACCUAUUGCCAACCUUUAAGCAAUUCAUAGGCCAUCGACCCUUUACAGGAAAACCUAACAAUAUACAUAAUUUGUCCGUUUUCAGCAGUUCACAUUCGACAUGUGGAAUAGGCUUGUUCAGACCAUGCUGAUUGAAAGACUGUAUGGCAUAGAUAGAAUAGCAAGAAAUUUCAGCAGACCAGAAAGUGGCAUAUUUGGAGCCAUUACCUUGUACCUUCUUAAGAAAACCAACCUGCCUCUUGAAAGAAAUGCUGUCAAACAUCUUGACGUCCGGCCCAAUCAUACUGUCCUUGAAAUCGGCUUUGGACUCGGUUACGGAAUCCAGCAUGUCCUCGAUAUCAUUAAAGAAGGAGACGGUUCUGUUCAUGGCCUGGACAUCUCAGACGAAAUGGUCAGAAGAACGGCGAGACGCUUCCAAAAGGAAAUCGAGGACAAAAAGGUCAACAUUUGCAUUGGGGACGUGGCAUCCAUGCCUUAUGAAGACAACACAUUUGACAGAGUAUUCCAUACAAGUUCUUACUUCUACUGGCCAGAUAUUGAUGAAGCAGCCAAGGAGAUCUACAGGGUGAUGAGAAAAGACAGCCUCAUGGUUACAAUAGUGGUGCCUGAUAGGCUAAACAUGGCAGUGAAAAAAGGAGCGCUGAAAUAUGGAGACCCAGAUCAAACACGCUAUAUUGACGCCCUGAGGAACAAUAACUUUGUUGAUGUUCAAGUACAGGAUUUUUAUGACGCAGCGGGUGGCCUUUACCCAUGGCACCAGGCGACUUUUGCCAAUGUGAAGAAGAAAUGAAACAUUCUUUACUAUAUCAUGUUUAGGCAACGCCAAUUUAAUACUUUGGAUAGCGGGCUGCCAACGAACCUAUCCGCCCAAUGUGGGGAAAAAACUUCAUACCACCCAAACCAGUGCCAAAAAUCACGUGUUGACACUAACACAAAUUUUAUAGGGAAAAACAAUUGUCUGGUUCGAAUUUCAUUUAUAGAAAAACUUGAGUUUCAUUUACCCCAUAACAGCAACAAGUUGGUGCCUGUCAUUUUGAUUUUGGUCCCUGUCAUGAACUCCAGUAUUUUAUUUCGCGGACACUAAUUAUUAUCAGAUUCCAUGGAUUUUUGAAAUUGACUCUUGGUUUUUUUAGGUAGAACUAUGAUGGGCACAUAUUUAAUUCUUAUAUAAAAGCCCUGCUCAUAAUUUUAAAGCCCCAGCACAUCAUUUAUUCCAGGCUUUAGCUAUUAAAUGUAUGUAAAAGAUGUAGAAGCUGAAUAAAAGUAGGAUAGAAAUAGCAAA